AUGUAUCUUCAUAGAUGUAUUAAACCAAAUCACGGUAAAGUAGCUAAUCAAUUUGAUGAAGAAUUAGUUCAAGAACAAUUACGUUAUAACGGUAUACUUGAAAUAUCUUAUAUACGAAAUCAAGGUUGGCCAGUUCGUUUUAUAUUUGAAGAAUUUUUUUAUCGAUAUAAAUUUAUCUCUUAUCCUCAAAGUAGUCCAAUAAGAAUUAAUGCAAUAACAUGCGAAAAAAUUCUCAAAGAUUUAUCAUUAACUGAUUAUGUUAUUGGCAAAUCAAAAGUUUUUUUAAAAUUCGAACAUUUAGAAAAAUUAAAUUAUCAUUAUGAACAGUAUAUAGCAAAUAUAAUUAAAUGUCAAAGAGUAGUUAAAGGUUUUCUUGUACGCAGAAGUCUUUUACGUAAAGCUAAACAUUAUGCUAAUGAACGUCACAGUUUAUUAACACAAGUAAAUUUAAGUGGAAAACGAACAUUAGAAAAACUUGUAUCAUUACCAAAAGUCCCAAUAAAAAAUAUAAAACAAUUAACAAUAAAAAUGGAUGGUAAAUCAGGGCGACGUUCCGGUCAUUUUAUAAAGAAAAAAUCAAAGGAUAAAAAGAAAAUUGCGUCUGAAGAACCAACAUCAAUGAAUGAACAAGAACAUGCUGAUAUGUUAAAAGUAGCAAAAAAACUGCAAUUACUUGAUAAUGAUGAAUUCGAUGAUUUAAAUGGUAUUGAACAUGGAAUAACUUCUCCAACACAACCAUCUCUUCAAAUAAGAACACCCGAUGAAUUAAAAUCAUCUUUAGAAGGUUUAUCUGAACGUGAAACUCGCAUUCUUGUUCAAGAUGAAUUUACACCAAUGGUUAGUAAACAAGGUCAACAAAAAAAAUUUCCCAUUGAAACAAAUAUACAAUCAGGCUCCGGAUUACCACAUGCAACAACAUUAACAUCAGAAGGUCCAUUAAAAGUUCAUGAUGGUGUUAUUGCUUCUAUGGCUGCUAAUAUACCUAUUGCACCCACAAUGAAUUUAACAACAGCUGAACAAUUAAUAAGACAAACAAAAGUUGCUGCAGCAAGUGGUGAUUUAUUUAUGACUGAUUGGGCAAUCGGACAAGAAGAUAAACAACAAAUAAAAGCUGCACGUUCUAAAUCAGAGCCAAGAAAUGUUUUUAGUGAAUUACAGGAUGAAGAUAUUUUAUCAGAACAAAAACGUUCAAUAGUUAGAAAAAUUCUUAUGUUACAAAGACAAAAAUUUAAAGACAAUCAAGCGCGUAAAGCACGUAAAACUAAUGAAUUUGAAAAUUCCAUAUAUAGUUUUUCUAAUGCAAAUCAAACAUCAAAACAUGAUGAUGAAAAACCAUUAUUUGACGACGAUAGUUUAGAUUGUUGGGAUGCAGCUAGAGAAAUGAAUCUUCCAGAAGCAUAUGAAAAAACAGUUCAUUGUUAUCGUUUAUCAAUGCGCAUGUUAAAAAUCGCUACAUAUGUGGUACUUAAUAUUGGUAUACUAAUAACGGCACUUGUUAGUAAAGGAGCUUUAUUACUUAUGACAAAUUCAGUUGCUAAAGUACAAGAGACACCUUAUCAAGAACGUUGGGUAUGGAUGUUAUUAAUAGCGGUAUGUGCUCCAUAUUUAUUUACAUUUUUCGACAGUCUUGGUAAAUGUUUAUUUGGUAAUAAACCAUGGCCAACAGUGAAAAUUUUUACUAUCGUGUUUUUCAUCGAAACUCUUCAUAGUUUUGGUAUAGCAAUAUUUGUUUUUCAUAUAUUACCAAAAUUAGAUGCAGCAAGAAGUUUAUUAAUAAUGAAUGCUGUAUGUCUUGUACCUGCUUUUUUAAAAUUAUUUUUGACAAAAUCAAAUUCAUCGAUUGUUCAACGAAGUCUUUUAUUUCUAAUGGAUUUUUUUGCAUUUGCUAUGCAAUGUUCAUGUGUUGGAAUUGCAUUGGCAUCGAAAUUUUUAAAAAACGAUGGACCAGUUACAGUUCAAACAACAUCAUCAUCAUUAUUUUUACCCACAAGCACAUUUUCUAUACCAUUAUUAAAUCGACAUAAACGUCAAGAUGAUUUUAUGAAUGGUAAUGUUGAUCUAUUAGGUUCUGGUAUUAGUGGAAAUAAUGAAAAUAUUUUAUUUACAACACCUGCAAGUAAUAUGAGUUCAAUUGAUCAAAAUCUACAAACUAUUUUAGCUGGAUUUCAUAUUGAAUGGGAAUUACCUGUAGCUUUAAUACUUGUUUCACUUACUUGGUAA